CGUUUCGCACGAAAUUUAUUCAGAUGUUGUGAGAUAUGUUGUUGCGUAUUUACCGAAUUUAUCGUGCACUGAAACGUAUUUACGUGAACAUAUACUUCGAAUUGUGUAUUGAAUAUUUUGUUUGUGGAUUUCAACUCUUGUUUGUGCACUAAUAUUUUCUUUUGUGUAUUGCACAUAGGGGCCACCGUAGGGGAUGUGAUCAAACAUUAUUUUGUAUUGCGCUCGCAUGAUUCUUAAGAUUUCACUACAUGCAGUAUGUUGCGUUUUCACGAUACAAACGAUCGACAAUAUUUUGAAUUAUUCAGGUAAGAAUAGCUUUAUUUCUUUGUGGCGAUAUACUUGAAGGCAUUUAUAAUUAGAUCUGCCGUUUAGUGUUCGAUAUACAGCUAUUGAAACAUAUGAUUUCACGAAUUAUAGUCUCUUUGUGUGGCGGUGUGCCAAGGUAAUGAGUUUAUAGUGUUCAUUCUAGAUGUUCAUAACAAUGUCCUUUCAACACGUUUUGAAAAUUAACGUGAAAUGUUGUGUAUACACGUCUUGAGCAAUCAGGCUUAAUGCAUGUACCGAAGAUAUUGCUAUAGCACCCCAGUGUGGAUUGUUGUUUGCACCUAUUAACUUACCACCAGUUACAGGCGACUUUGUACAAAGUGUGAUGGUCUGUUUAAAAAUAUAUUGCGAUAAGUCCAUUUGUUAGCAGUGCUGAGAAUGGACAUUUCUCAGAAACUGAGCAUAGUAUGAAAUAUUCCAGGGUAUACUAUAUUUUUCGAUAAUUCUCACAAUUUCUUUCUUAUCAUAUAGUUUCGCAGUUCAGAGUACAAUCUUAAUGAUUACAAACGAUUGGUGUCAUCUGAAGCUGAUAUAUUAACGGAAAAAAUAUCGAAUUGAGAAAAUUGUUCUCCGUUAGCGGUAUAGCCUUGAAUGUGUAACGAUAGUUGGGACAACUAAAACUGAUUUAAUACUUCUGUGUAUGAAAUUGUUAUUAACUCUACAUGCCCAAUCAUUCAUUCAAGAAUUAUUACUGUUUCCGCUAUAUCUGAUAAACUUCCGUAGCAUGACCAGUUGCUAUGGCUAGCUCACCAUGUAACGAUAGCACAGAAAUCAACUUCAAACAUGUAAAAUCUCAUUCUAAACGAUUUUCCAGCAGUGAGAAUGGAUUUAUGCUUAAUAAUUGACCGUGAAAUCUCGGAGAAAAAUAUUCGUGAAGCAUUGGUCAAAAUAGCUCUCGUUAUCUACAUGUCUCGAUCUUUACACGAUAACAAACUGUCAAAAGGCAAGAAACGCGCUGACACCAAACAAUGACCAAAUUAUAGGCUUGAAAUGUAAAUAUAUUAAAUGGCGCCGACAAGCCAGUAUAACUGAAAUGGACAUUCACCAUUAUAAUAAACAUACAUGCAGUGUCACAUUUCCGUAAAGCAUGACCGAAAAACGAAGAAAACAAUUAUUACAUGCACAAAAUCUUCACAUGACUAGUUCAACCAUUUUUCAAUGAUGAAUUAAUGCAUUAAUUUAAGGAAUGCAUUCAAUUAUAGAUGAUACACGAAUAUUGCGCUGCAUAUAUAAGUGACGAUAGUUUAGCACAAGGACGCUGAAAAUUUAGUACUUUUAAUAUUUUUCGAUUGCAGCUUUUGAUGAGUUAAGGCGUAUCAGAAAACAAUCUAACGAAAAAUAUAUACAAUGUAUAUACUACAUACUUACAUUAUAUAUUCUUCACUGUAUCUAGAUACAUGUACAAUGGGCCCGUCAAAGGAUGCAGUGGGUGAAAAGCUUGGAGCAAAAAUAAUUUGAGUCAGUGAACUUGCUUGUCGUUUUAUUAUGUAAGAUAUGCAUUUACACAUUGUUUCGGGUUGUAAUUACACAAAAUUACAGUUAAGUCUUUCAGGUUUUUUCUACACACUGUGUAUCACUCAUUUCUCGCCGGGAUUCAGAAUUCGCAUUACGCGCAUCCUGGGUACGAGAAUAUCGAUGCAAACAAGAUUGGAAUGGCCUAACAAUCACCAAACAAUCACCAAACAAUCACCAAAUUUACAUAUCUUGUAGCUGAAGCGGAUAUUUUACUUUGAAAAAACAACAAUUAUACCAAAAAAUACGUAUUCCGGUUUUACUAUUAUAUAUACAGGAGAGGUUUUGCUUUUCAAUCACUUUAUUAUGAGCCAAAGAUUCAGAGCAGUUGGAGAAUAUCAGAUCACAGUUUUUGCAUCGGACAUCGGGAACAUCUCUGGAAAAACACUGUGAGUAUUUCAUUUACCACAAAUAGAAAAUGUGUAUAUACUGGUCAGAUAAAUCAUCUGUACCCAUGGAAUGAAAGCUGUAGCACAAACAACACAAUUAAACACCACCUACUCCAUUUAUAUUUUGUAGAUGACUUCUGUUCAUAAACUCUCAGUUUUUACCAUUUUGAUUUUGUGCACAAUGUACAGCAGCGUAACGGCACGCGGUUGUCGCUAUCAGUGUGGUCUAGUGUGCUUUCCUUGCAGAGUUCAGUGUUCAGUUCGUUGCACCUGGGGCAAACGUAGCGCAAUUGACAAGCCACAAAAUACAGUUCGGGUUCCAUUGCCAGACCAAUUUGAAAACUAUGAUCUUGACAAGAGUGGUGGAAUUACUUUGGAAGAGCUGGCCGAAGCGAUAAACGUGGAGGAACACUCCAAAGAAACCGUGAAAGCUUUCCAACUGGCAGACAAAGAUGGUGAUGGACAGAUUGAUUGCAGUGAGUUUAAAGCAGCGCCGUAUCUCUUCGCGCACGAGCCGUCUUGCUGAACUUAAUAAACACUCUUUUUUCCGGUUAAAGUAAAUGCUUACUUUGUUGUAACAUUGUAUAAACGCUUUUUCAUUGUUAUAUUUUUCACUAGACGAACACGAAAUCUAAAUUAGUUUGAUGUAUGCAUGUAUCAUAGUUAUAAAACGUGUAGAUUAAUUAUAUUUUUGACUAGUAGUAAUUAAAGUAUGUUUUGCAGUGGACUAGUAUCGUAGUACUUUUAAUAUAAUAUUUUGAUUCCUGAACUACGUCAAGUGAAAUAAAUAUAUUUUCUGUCCAAUAGCUUUUUGCGUAUCCAUAAAUCGUCGAUUUCAAUUCCAUAAAUAUUUGCAUGACAAACUAGGCAGAUCGACCCCAUACCAUUCAGUCAAAUACGCUUUGACCUGAGAAUUGCGAGCUAGUUCAGAAUUGCAAGGAACAAGAUACCUACAGCAGAUAUUCUUAGCACAAAGAUUCUUGGAAGCCUAGGCUUUUCCUGCUUUAGUAGAAAAUUGUCAUGCUAAUUGUAAAAUCCCUUGAAGCAAUUAAUGCGAACGUGCAUGUUGUUUCAAAAGGAGGAUAAGUUGCUUUACCGAAUACGAAAAAGUGCACAUUUUUAUGGCGAAACAUGCAGAGAAGUUAUAUAUGGGGGUGGGGGGACUCUUUCAACUUGUAUGAAUAUUAUUUUAAAUUUUUUGCUUGUCUCAAUAAUUUUUUAAAAUUUAAUCCCUUGCACGAUUUUUUUUUUAUUUCAACUUAUAAUUUCUCUAUUGAAAUGUGUCUGCGCGAUUUUUUUUCUCAAACUUUCUUGGCGCACGAAUCUUUUUUUCUUUCUGUUUCCCCUGGACGACUUUUAUUUUCCCUUUCUCCCCCCCCCCCAUCACUUUUCUAAUGGUCCGCCCCUAAUUGGCGCCGCUUGGAUGCAUCGGCAUUAAUCAACACACGAAUUAAUUAACGUUUGAUCAGCAACUGUGCACAAAUUAAAACGAUCCAAUCACAUGCUCAUCAGCUCAUCAUUAUUUGGCUCGUUUACGCCAGGUUUGGCCUUUAUUCUUCGCAUUUAGGGCAGUUUUGGCCCUGACAGUCCGAAAUAUUAAUUUCAAAGACUUACUUAACGAAGUACGACCUCAACUGCUCAAGUCAAACGAGCCAUCGGGCCCAAUUGGGCCACGAAUUUCUUCGCAUUUCAUGCUCAUUCAAAGGCCAGUAAAGCUAAAUAUCAUUAAAGCGGCCUAUCAAAUACCAAUUUAGCUUCCUAUGAAAAUUUCCUUUUUUAUGUUAAAAGAUUGCAUAGAUUGAUGUUGAAUAUGGUGUGUCUUAAAUUUAUCUAUCUGGAAAAAUGUUAUGCUCAUUUUUGACAUUUUCAAAAAUGUUACUUGGACUUUAAAACAUCAAUAGCGCAGUCAAUAUUGCAUGGAAAAUUAAACAUCAAAUGUGACGAGUUUUAUGAUAAUUGCCAUAGCGUAUGCACAAGACGAUAUAUAAAUUGUUGACGAAUGCAGCGCACUAUUCAUGACAUGAAGUGCUGCGUUUAGUUAUGCUCAGUCCCUUUGCCCGAGUCAUGCAUAGUCGAGAUUUCGAUUUGUGUCUGUCCGUCUUUCUGUAGAGAUGUCGUAAUUCUGAGCGAAUAAUUAAGCUUCAGGAAGUUUUUUAAACGAGGGGGGGGGGGGUGAUCAAACAUUAUUUUGUAUUGCGCUCGCAUGAUUCUUAAGAUUUCACUACAUGCAGUAUGUUGCAUUUUCACGAUACAAACGAUCGACAAUAUUUUGAAUAAUUCAGGUAAGAAUAGCUUUAUUUCUUUGUGGCGAUAUACUUGAAGGCAUUUAUAAUUAGAUCUGCCGUUUAGUGUUCGAUAUACAGCUAUUGAAACAUAUGAUUUCACGAAUUAUAGUCUCUUUGUGUGGCGGUGUACCAAGGUGAUGAGUUUAUAGUGUUCAUUCUAGAUGUUCAUAACAAUGUGCUUUCAACACGUUUUGAAAAUUAACGUGAAAUGUUGUGUAUACACGUCUUGAGCAAUCAGGCUUAAUGCAUGUACCAAAUAUAUUGCUAUAUAGCACCCCAGUGUGGAUUGUUGUUUGCACCUAUUAACUUACCACCAGUUACAGGCGACUUUGUACAAAGUGUGAUGGUCUGUUUAAAGAUAUAUUGCGAUAAGUCCAUUUGUUAGCAGUGCUGAGAAUGGACAUUUCUCAGAAACUGAGCAUAGUAUGAAAUAUUCCAGGGUAUACUAUAUUUUUCGAUAAUUCUCACAAUUUCUUUCUUAUCAUAUAGUUUCGCAGUUCUGAGUACAAUCUUAAUGAUUACAAACGAUUGGUGUCAUCUGAAGCUGAUAUAUUAACGGAAAAAAUAUCGAAUUGAGAAAAUUGUUCUCCGUUAGGGGUAUAGCCUUAAAUGUGUAACGAUAGUUGGGACAAAAACUGAUUUAAUACUUUUGUAUAUGAAAUUGUUAUUAACUCUACAUGUCCAAUGAUUCAUUCAAGAAUUAUUACUGUUUCCGCUAUAUCUGAUAAACUUACGUAGCAUGACCAGUUGCUAUGGCUAGCUCACCAUGUAACAAUAGCACAGAAAUCAACUUCAAACAUGUAAAAUCUCAUUCUAAACGAUUUUCCAGCAGUGAGAAUGGAUUUAUGCUUAAUAAUUGACCGUGAAAUCUCGGAGAAAAAUAUUCGUGAAGCAUUGGUCAAAAUAGCUCUCGUUAUCUACAUGUCUCGAUCUUUACACGAUAACAAACUGUCAAAAGGCAAGAAACGCGCUGACACCAAACAAUGACCAAAUUAUAGGCUUGAAAUGUAAAUAUAUUAAAUGGCGCCGACAAGCCAGUAUAACUGAAAUGGACAUUCACCAUUAUAAUAAACAUACAUGCAGUGUCACAUUUCCGUAAAGCAUGACCGAAAAACGAAGAAAACAAUUAUUACAUGCACAAAAUCUUCACAUGAAUUUUAACUAGUUCAACCAUUUUUCACUUUAUGAUGAAUUAAUGCAUUAAUUUAAUUGCAAGACUUAAAAAGGCUUAAAAGGAAUACAUUCAAUUAUAGAUGAUAUACGAAUAUUGCGCAGCAUAUAUAAGUGACGAUAGUUUAGCACAAGGACCUGAAAAUUAAGUACUUUUAAUAUUUUUCGAUUGCAGCUUUUGAUGAGUUAAGGCGUAUCAGAAAACAAUCUAACGAAAAAUAUAUACAAUGCAGUGGGUGAAAAGCUUGGAGCAAAAAUAAUUUGAGUCAGUGAACUUGCUUGUCGUUUUAUUAUGUAAGAUAUGCAUUUACACAUUGUUUCGGGUUGUAAUUACACAAAAUUACAGUUAAGUCUUUCAGGUUUUUUCUACACACUGUCUAUCACUCAUUUCUCGCCGGGAUUCAGAAUUCGCAUUACGCGCAUCCUGGGUACGAGAAUAUCGAUGCAAACAAGAUUGGAAUGGCCUAACAAUCACCAAACAAUCACCAAACAAUCACCAAAUUUACAUAUCUUGUAGCUGAAGCGGAUAUUUUACUUUGAAAAAACAACAAUUAUACCAAAAAAUACGUAUUCCGGUUUUACUAUUAUAUAUACAGGAGAGGUUUUGCUUUUCAAUCACUUUAUUAUGAGCCAAAGAUUCAGAGCAGUUGGAGAAUAUCAGAUCACAGUUUUUGCAUCGGACAUCGAGAACAUCUCUGGAAAAACACUGUGAGUAUUUCAUUUACCACAAAUAGAAAAUGUGUAUAUACUGGUCAGAUAAAUCAUCUGUACCCAUGGAAUGAAAGCUGUAGCACAAACAACACAAUUAAACACCACCUACUCCAUUUAUAUUUUGUAGAUGACUUCUGUUCAUAAACUCUCAGUUUUUACCAUUUUGAUUUUGUGCACAAUGUACAGCAGCGUAACGGCACGCGGUUGUCGCUAUCAGUGUGGUCUAGUGUGCUUUCCUUGCAGAGUUCAGUGUUCAGUUCGUUGCACCUGGGGCAAACGUAGCGCAAUUGACAAGCCACAAAAUACAGUUCGGGUUCCAUUGCCAGACCAAUUUGAAAACUAUGAUCUUGACAAGAGUGGUGGAAUUACUUUGGAAGAGCUGGCCGAAGCGAUAAACGUGGAGGAACACUCCAAAGAAACCGUGAAAGCUUUCCAACUGGCAGACAAAGAUGGUGAUGGACAGAUUGAUUGCAGUGAGUUUAAAGCAGCGCCGUAUCUCUUCGCGCACGAGCCGUCUUGCUGAACUUAAUAAACACUCUUUUUUCCGGUUAAAGUAAAUGCUUACUUUGUUGUAACAUUGUAUAAACGCUUUUUCAUUGUUAUAUUUUUCACUAGACGAACACGAAAUCUAAAUUAGUUUGAUGUAUGCAUGUAUCAUAGUUAUAAAACGUGUAGAUUAAUUAUAUUUUUGACUAGUAGUAAUUAAAGUAUGUUUUGCAGUGGACUAGUAUCGUAAUACUUUUAAUAUAAUAUUUUGAUUCCUGAACUACGUCAAGUGAAAUAAAUAUAUUUUCUGUCCAAUAGCUUUUUGCGUAUCCAUAAAUCGUCGAUUUCAAUUCCAUAAAUAUUUGCAUGACAAACUAGGCAGAUCGACCCCAUACCAUUCAGUCAAAUACGCUUUGACCUGAGAAUUGCGAACUAGUUCAGAAUUGCAAGGAACAAGAUACCUACAGCAGAUAUUCUUAGCACAAAGAUUCUUGGAAGCCUAGGCUUUUCCUGCUUUAGUAGAAAAUUUUCAUGCUAAUUGUAAAAUCCCUUGAAGCAAUUAAUGCGAACGUGCAUGUUGUUUCAAAAGGAGGAUAAGU